AGAUCUACGAGGUUAUUUGCAAAAUCCCGCGGAGCUUUUUCUUCAGGCUCACCUAACCUGCAAACACACGGCGGUAGGAGUCGCAGCUCGUCUGCCGUAUAUCGCGCGUGAUGACUGGUCAAUCUUCUUUCGUCGAUGACUCAAAAAUACACGUGGUUGUUCGCUAAAUGUCAGAAGAAUUUUUUUUAUUUAGCCUGACCUAAUCUACGCGUACACGAGAAGUUUACAUGCCGUCGUCCGACACCCUGUAUGUACACACACACAUGCACACGUGUAUAUAUAGACUAUCGAUUGCACCGCCUAACCUUUAAGCGAGAAAAAGAGCGUGAUAAGGAUGAAGCCAGGUAACUCCGCCCGAGAUGUUCCAGCGGCAGUCAUGCUCGUCGAUUAAAAGCGAAUGCACCAGGUCAACUGUUACCGAAGAUCGACCCCUUUGUUAUCGCGUUCCCGGUAACAGUCGCGCCGCUCGUUCCAAGAUCAAGCAGUGUGCUCGAAACGGAAGUUUUCCGAAAUUCCGACGUCCAAUCGCGAAGUUCGCACGCUUCAAAUAAUUCUCGCCCCUGUACUCUGCAGAUAUACUGUUCGACCGAAGUUGGUAACAUUUGAAGUAAAAUUGUAACGUAUCUACAGGCGACAUGAAAAAUGUCGUCCCUGCGUUUCAGACGAGCAGUCUCUCGUCCCUAUAAUAAAUAGUGAUUAAUAAUUAAAUUAUAGUACUUCUGUUUCAUGAACGAACGAUGCGUUCAGUGAGUGAAGCGGCUUCGAGUGAAUUUGUUUAUCGACUCUGUUCGUGUGACGAGGAGUUGUUCGUGUGAUACGUGAACUUGAAAUUUUUCAUUUGAAAUUUUCAGUCCUCGAGUCCACUUUAAUCUAACGACUGAACUAAUUACUUUGCCUUUCUAAUUUACUUGAUCGCGCAGUCUCAAUUUAAUUAAGGCUUUUAAUUGGGGCGAUAGAUUAAACAGUCGUCGUGUAAUUCGAGCCUGCACGGAGCUCGGUCAAGUUUUAUUAUAAACAAUCGUCCAGUCGAUAGUGGCCGUCGCUAAAAACACACCCGUGAGUAUAAUACGCGCAGCGCAGGCUAAAUGAGAAUAUCGGGUAGGGAGAGUUAUAUUCGGUGAAAACAAUGAAAAUUCGAUGAGUUCGAACGUCAUAAUAAGCGAAAGACGGGAAUAGAAAUAGCUCAGUUGGCCUGCGAGCGAAUCGACUUGCGGGCGCAACAGUCGGCGUUCGUUGACAAUCGAAAUAGGACGCGAUGUAGGUUACGUGUGAAGAACGCCCAGUAACAAGAAAUAACAAAGGGAUCGGAUCAAAAAAGAUUGAUUAAUUAACACUGUCGAAGCAAAUGCGGUAAUGUGCAACGGAGUGUCGUGAAGGGAACCGUUUAAGAACGAAACCACGAUCGCGCACGCGGGACGGAAGAUUAAAAGUUUCACGUGUGAGUAAACGCAAAUAAUAAGUAAACAAAUGAACGUACGGACAAACUCGUUGGAAACGAGGCAGUGAAAGAAUUCAAGGACACACUUAAAGUUACCUCAGCGUGCCACGUUUCCGGUAAAGAUCGUCAUGGAGAUUGAGGUUGUACCGUUCGUCGACAAAUAUAGUGCAGGCAGAAAGGACACGCUACCGCAGCGGAGUAGCAGGGUGCAAAUUGUCCAGAGAAAACGAACGUCGCUCUUCAUCAUCAUGAGCUUCAUUUACGCGAAGCUGCUUGUGGUCGUGUGCAUCGCCUACGUAAUAAGCGAAGUUGUGACACACAAGCUACCCCUCUACUAUUACGAGGGAUUCUUCACGUACCUGUACGGCAUGAGUAUCGUGUUCCUGUUGUACGUUUUUUGCUUUCUCCUGCAAGAAAGCGCCUGCUGCGCCAGAGGCAGCGACACACCGCCUCCGCCGCCGAGGCCGCCCAAAGCCGGCUGGGUGCCGAAGGAGCCCAAGGAUAAGAUCAAGAAGAAGGAUAAAAAAGAGAAGGAUCAAAAACCCCCGAAGAACAAGAAGGAAACCCAGGAUGCAGCCGAUGUCGAGGCCGGCGUGGCCACGCGGGCUCUGCGGAAACGAAAAACUUCACAGAACGAUCACAGUCACGGGAGCUUUUUCCUCAGAAUCGGCGCGAUAGCCUUCGGACUGGGUACCAUGGUAUACAACGGUCUGGAAUUCGGCGCGUUCUUCGAGGUGCCGCCCACAUCACCUUGCUAUCAGAUAUUACAGGGUGUCAACCCGGUACUCCAAAUGAUCUUCACCUUCAUGCAGAUGUACUUCAUCUUCAUGAACUCCCGAUUGAACAUCCACCGCUUCAAAGUCAUCGCCCGCUUCGGCCUGAUGCAUGUGGUCGCGACCAAUCUCUGCGUAUGGAUACGAACUCUGGUUCUGGAGAGUCUCAAGGAGAUCACUCAGUACCACAAAAAACUGGGUCAGGUUCAGGCGGGGAUCUUGGAGAGCAUUAAGCAACAUUCAAUGCGAAACGCCGGGGCGAUAUUGGGUACUGAGCCGCGCGAUAUGGCACAGUUACGAGAGGCACCUCUCACCGCCUCCUCGAGAUCGACAACCAUCGGGCCGAUGACCACCACCAGCACGACCGUGGCUGCUUUGGGUCGUGUGAUGAGAACAACAGCGAGAUCAAUCGCAGACGUAGUCACCACACCGACGUCCACGAGCACCACUUGGACGACCCCGUCGACGACGACACCAUCGACGACCACUUUCACGCUACCCAACCUGACAACCAGCACGGCAACGACCCUGUCUACUCUUCUGACCACGUUCACGCCGACGACGACCACCACCAGCACAACCACCGAAAGGAUAACCACCAUCCCGACUACAACGACCACUACAACCACCACCACCACCGCCAUGCCGACUACCAGCACUUUCUCGUCGCUCAUUAUGGAGCUGAUGAAUGCGCCGCAAGCUGACAUGGAUAACCAAGUCCCUCAGAUCUUCGACGUGAGCAACCUGACGAACAGCAGCGAAUUCUGGAGUCCGAACUUGGGCAUCUACGCGGAAGCCUUAACGGAGGACGGUACAGUGUCCAAUUCGUGCGGACGCGUCAAUAUCAUGGGCACCAUCGUCCAGGACGCUGCACCGUAUUUGUUCCCGUUCAUAAUCGAGUACAGUCUGAUCGGAGCUGCUGUAAUAUACGUCAUGUGGAAACACAUCGGUCGACAUUCCCGUUGGCCUCAUCAGGCCGAGGCGGACCUCGAGCGUCGUCUGGAAGCUAUGCUAUCCAGAAGAGCCGUCGCUCUCGCCCAUGCAGGUCACGCUAGAGUCGACUGCGUGGGGGCGAGCAAGGGUCUCUUCUUCGGGCUGCUGCUGCUGGUGGGCUCUCUCAUAUGCUUGAUACUCUUCUUCGUAUUAAUCCAUCAUCCGGAGCUCGGCUUGCUCGCAAUUUACCUCGCGGAUGUCUCGCAUUGUGUCCUGAUGGCGCUGUCGAUCGUCGCCAUUAUCGUCGGCUUCAUCCGCGUGCAGAGCCUCAAGUUCAAAGCUGAGGAGCAGAGCGACCUGAACGACAUCCUCCUGCGCGUCUCCGCCUUCGGCCUCUUCGUCUACGCGGUUUUCAGCGUGAUCGCCGGCUCUUUGGCAGCGUUCACGCACGAGCCGAAUUUGCUAGUAAUGGUAACAGGAUUGCUGUCGGUCGCCCAAGUAGUGUUGCAAAUGUUGUUCAUCGCUGACGUGUCGCGCAGGAGAGUCCACCUGCCGGAACACGACCGCAGCAAGCCUGGCAGGCAGGUCGUCACGUUCCUGCUGAUCUGCAACGUGACCAUGUGGGUGAUUUAUACGUUCGAGACUCAGAAGGUCAUCGCCAAUCCGGUGCAGCUCGACUUCUACGGCUUCCUCGCCUGGGCGAUCGUGCAGAGGGUCACCUUGCCGCUGUGCAUCUUUCAUAGGUUUCAUAGUGCCGUGACGUUCGCAGAGAUCUGGAAGACCAGCUACAAGGCGCGUCUGGAGUAGACGAACACGGAGAAUCGUCUCGUUAUGGUCAAUCGUCCGGAAUGGUCGUCGGUUGGAGACAGAGAGAGAGAGAGAGAGAGAAACAGAGAGAGAGAGAGAGAGAGAGAGAGAGAGAGAGAGAGAGAGAGAGAGAGAGAGAAAGAAGAGAACGAGCGAGCGGGUGGUCGCUAGGUGCUCGACGAUCUCGAUCGCGUACAUCGAUUUCGGGUCUUGGUAAGGAGGCGAAUGAGUCGAAGAGUGACGGCGAGAUAGCUCGUUAGAUGGGAGAACUGGCGAGGCAGAGAGCGGGUCGAAACCGGAAUAAUCAAACGUAUAUAGAAUAGCGUGCUCGACAUACCCGUUAUGCACGAAUGAAGAAGAUAGAUUGAUACCCAAGUCGUUGAUAAUUGUUAAGAAUUGGAAUUCCCAAGAAUCCAAGUUGCAAGUCGGAGAUUUAUCUAGUUGAAGCACCCUCUAUCCGAAGAAAGACACUUGAGCGAUACGAUCAAAGUGUCGAUCUUGAGCAUCCUCGAAGAGGAACUUUAAGCGGUUAAAUGGAACCAGACACGACAUCGUGUCGAGUCACACGGAUUCUUCUUCUUUCUUUCGUCCUUUCUUCUUCUACUUCUACUACCCUCUUCGCUCGGUUCCGCGUGGUACAUCUACAUCUCCUCUUUCUUCUUCAUCUUUUCUUCCCCCCUCUUGAUCUUUUCUUCUCCUUUUCAUUGCGUUGUUGUCUUAGCGUUGGUCGGUAAGGUCGGCGCGAGGAGGUUACGGACGACCAAUGACGUCUGGACGAUCGACGACCCCGUGAAGGAAUCUGACCGAUCGGGCACAGGCUUUCGCCGAUUUCGGCGCGGACGAAGCACAAAAAGCGACAGAGUUCUUAAAGUUUUCACGAAAUCGCAUUUCCUUUCACCGCGUUUCUCACACUUCAACACGCGAUCUCUACAUACUGCCGCCAAAUUUUCUACUUUUAUAUGUAUACAUUAUACAACACAUAUAUGUACCUUCGCCCCCGCCCCUCCCCAUCACGCAUCACGAGCAUCGUAGGCAAUUCGGUUCAUUCGCGCGGGAAUACUUGCAUUGAUCCAAGAAGAAACCAAUUAUAUUCGGCGUUUUCUUGUAUUUCGCUCAUUACGGAUAUAUCGGAUCGCUGUGAUAUGCUUUUUGCGGAGACCUCGGUGUCGGCAUUGGCGACGAAUCUUCUCCUUUACAUUCGUACGUUCACGACGUUUGACUGACUGUUUCGUAUUUUUAUAAGUCGUCGAUAUUGUCGAUAGUAGACACGAGAUUAGCUUUUAAGUUGUCUUCACCGCAUUUGGUUCGCACUCUCCGGUAUCUCACGAGACGUUCAUCGAUCCAGAGCUGGAGCUCGUCGUGUCGAACGAUCACCGACCGGUCCGUGCCGACGUCGGCCGAACGGACGACUUCGUUUCUCCGUCGAGAUCAUUCUUAUGAUUAGUCACACACACACACACACACACAUAUACGCACAUGCAUAUACAGCAUAUACGAUGAAGUCUCCCUCCUUAAUUAUCUCUAUUUACAUCGCGAUACAGCGCGGCACAGUCACCGAGAGUGAAAACGAACGAAACUGUAAUAAGAGCGGCGUACUUCGCGGUCGAAGUCCAGCCAAACGAAUCUCUAUGGAGACUCAACAUCCAAAUUUAAUAUAAGUACAUAUAUAUACAGGAUGUUUAAAAAAGAGGGCUGAAGAUCCUAAAGGCAGAUAGUACUCACAAAAUGGAGGAAAAAAGUCCUAACAAAACAUGGGCCGAAAAAUGAAUAUUGUCGGAGUUAUGAAUAAUUAUUUAUUUUAAUAAAGGCAAGUGAUUUACUUGCUUCUGGUGCUUACACAAUUUACAGAAGAUUUUCAUGACCUCCUCCGAUUUCUACGCGCGUUUCACAUCUACCAUAGAAUUGCGAAAUCUUUCAAAAAUUCCCGACUUUGUUUUAAUUUAACAGGUAUUUUAUAUUCAUUGAUAUAAUUCGCUUAACAUUUAAAUAGGUCCUUCGGUGAAAGAUGGAUUAGAUGGGGUGAACCAGUUUCAUGGCUCUCCUGAUUUUAACUUCCGGGAGUUUCUUUUAUGGGGAUUUCUUAAGAACAUGGUAUACUUUUUACCGAUAAAUGACGUGGACAAAUUAUAUUAGAAAAUACAAGAUGCCUGUCAAAUAAGUAGAUAUAAUAAUUAGAACAAAGUAGGAAAUUUUUUAAAGAGUUCGCAAUUUUGUGGUACGAAGAUGUGAAGCGUAUGUAAAGAGAGAAGAGGACAUGCAGAACAUUUUGUGUAAACUUUGUAAACACCAGAAGCGAGUAGGUCGCUUGCUUUAACAAAAAUAAAUAAUUGUUCAUAACUCCGACAGUAUUAAUUUUUCGAUCCAUGAGGACUUUCUUCCUCCAUUUUUCUACCUAUCCUUAAAGUUAUAAACCCUGUUUUUCAAACACCUUGUAUACGUAUAUAAUAUAAUAUAUAUAUAUGUGUGUAUCAUUUCGCGGCACCCGUUCAGAGUGCAUUUCGCGGACUCUUCGAGAGAUCUCCGUCUCGUCGUUUCUCGCUGCGUGCCGCAGAGUACAAAAAUCGUUUCUCGAACCUUUUCGAACCCCUUUACUUACGAUUUUUACACGUUCGCUCUCAUUGAACGCAUGUCGUCGUAGACUCGCGUCUGUCGCGACCAGCUAUCGGCUGUCGAUCCCCUGACGACCAACGAAGCAGCAGAUCGCGUUCGAAUGCGACACGAGCGAUUGUAUAUAGAGAACAAAGUAGAAUGUAUUUUUGUUUCAAGUUCGCCGGAAACUCCUCGAAUACUGUACGCUCGUAGGAGCGUAUACUCGGUUUCAACACAGUUUGAGCGCUUCCAAAGUAGCGAAAACUUCUAAGCGAUGUCUUAAGCUUCUCAGGGACGAAUUUGUUCAAAAGAAAGAGUUUAUUUAAUUUUAAAACAAAGUUGGGACAUGAGACGUAUGUCAGUCCUGUGACAAGAUUCCCUCUUUCGUUUAGACUUCUGUAGGAAAUAUUUAUCUAUUGCACGGUUCGUUAUAUGUAACAUUUUCGACAAUUAAAACAAUGUUUUAAACAAUGACUGAUAUUGUCGAUACUAGAGGAAGUUUGAAUUAAAAUAGCAAAAUUGAGUAUUUAAACGUACGAGUGUUGCAUCAACAUACAGGUCAGUACGACGGGUUGUCUACUCGUUUCGUUGGCAGGCGCAUGUGGUCUCUCAAUACGGCCUUAGUGAUACCUAUAUCAAGUUAACCCAAAUCGAAAAUAAAAUUUUCGACGAGGUUUCGGCACCUGUCCGGUAAAUUUCGUGGAACAGUAUUGCAAGACUGAUAUAAAUGCGUAGCUUGCUGGUACCUGGUUAUGGCCCACUUAGAACUUUCAGGAGGAAUGGACAAUGCGGGAUGGUUUUAUUUUCAAGUGACAUCUGUUAAUCAUAUGAUGACGUUUACACUUUUCUUUUCUUUUUUGAAAUUUUGUGCUAUCCACAGUAAUGUUAGUUAUAUCUUUGUAGACAAUGUCUGAAUUAAAGCUGAAAGAUUAAACGUGUCUGAACGUUCACAUACGUUAUUGGUAGUCAUGAAGAGAAGUUAAAAACGCUUAAAAGUAUCUAGAUGAUAUCUGAAAAAAUAGAACGUUUUUGAAACGUUCUUAAGAUGUCUUUAAGACGUUUUUGAAAAAUUUUCGCUAUCUUUUUCUUGAUAUAUUUCGAAACGCGGUUGAUGUCCAACGGGAAAAUUUGUUUCUGUGUAAAAAGAACGUCCCAAGUUAGUAAUAGUGUCAGAAUUUUUGACAAUCGUACGCGUUUCCCUUAAUAAAUCAACCAGUACGGGUCCAAAUUUAUUAUAAACAUAUACUCUUAUUCUAAAUCUUAUAUAUUAUCAAUUAGAACAAGUUUCGAAUGAAAUUAAAAUCCUUAAUAAACACUGAAACAUCAUAAUUACAAGCAGACUGCUAAUGGCAAUAAUUCGGACAGUUACUCUCCGACAUUAUAGAAUAUUAAAAUCUAUGCAAUAUAUUCCUUAAAGUAUCUCAGGACUGAACUAUUAAUAUGAAAAAACAAAACUAAAUCGUCGUGUCACUGAAUGGCACUUUAGACAUUUUUAAUAAAAAGUGUUGUAAGUAAAUUAGAAGCUCUUCAUAAAUGAAACAAAAUAAAAUACGACUGACAUCCGAAACGUCCAUAAUUUUCAAGAGAAUCAAUUUGGUGUACUUAACUCGAUAUGCGUAUUGUUAGUUUAUUAACUUCCACGAUGAACACUCACUUGAUCACUAAUUGGGAAUUCCCAGUAGACGAGUCCUUCAUUGGACAUCACCUGCGUACUGCUUUCCUUGUCGAAGGCGAGAAAAACGUCCAAACUGUGUUGGAAGCAAGUGUACUUGCGAUCCUGAGCGGAAGUUACGCGGCUGUAAUUGCGUGUACUGAGGCGUAUACGUAUGCGAAAUAGUGGAUGCAGAAAGUCGGCAGUGACUUCGCGUGGAGAAAGGCCCGUUUUCAGCGGAGAAGGAGCCGUAUGUAAGCUCGCCUUUACCACUCUGCAUGAGACGUUCUACAUAUUUACGACGUCGUUCAAACACGCGGCCGGCGCGCGGACUUUCGAUGCGAACGGCUUAAUUCUUUGGGGGCGAUGAUGCAGCUUCGAGACGCGCGACUUCGAGACGACUUCGGACUCGCGUGAUCUACACAACGCUGUACCGCACAAUGGCUGCUGCCAUUUUGCGUGCGUUUCUAUACAUUGGUGCGAUGUGGUUUGAUUUGUGAACUGCAGUGCCUAAGUUUUUCUCACCUUGGUAGUUUCUUUUCCGGAGGCCCUGCGCCGAAAACCCAGCGCUGACCUCCUCGGCCCCUGAAAAAAUUAAGAGAACAUUCGGGGGCACGGUGGUAAAGUAAAAACAAGGUAACAAUAAAGCACAUACACGGACUGGGAGAUAGAAAGGGAACGAGAGAGAGAAAGAGAGAGAGAGA